AAAAAAAGUUGUGUAAGUCGUGUCUGCUAAAUCCCUGUAAUGUAAUUAUCAGCUUUUCAUUUCUUAAGCUGGAAUAUGGACAGGGGAGUUCUGAUGCUCUGAGUCACUCCAUAUAUGAGCCCAGAACUGAUCAUUGGUAAAGGCAAUCCCAACAAAGGAGGCAAUAAAAUGAUGCACUUUGGUUUUUAAUAUUGAUAAUAAUGAUUAUUUCCUGGUCUCCCUAUAUGUAAUGGAUGGUUUAUUAGGAGGCCCAUCGCUGCAUUUUCCACCAUUAGUUCAUGCGAGAGCAGGCAAGCAUGCCUUUCUUGCUGCCUCUGAUUUUGUGAAGCUCAUUAUGUUGGAGGAAUUUACUUCAUUUGCUGCAGAUGCAGACUGACGUCAGAUUCCCAGUUGACCAGAAGAGUAGUCAGCUGCCCCUGGGGUUGCCAGCCACAGUCAGCACUGUCCAGUUUGAGUUCAAUACCAGGCAUUUGGGAGAAACUGAAACUUAGAAAAGGCCGUUAGCUGCACCAGCCACCUGAAAAGGCUGUGAUGAUUAUAGUUUCGAAUGAAAAAUACAAGAUUAUUUGACCUUUGCUUUCAAUAAUGUUUUAAAGGUGCUUUGCCCUAACUUGUGCAACUUUUUGUUGCAGCUGUAAUUAAAGGUGAACUUUGUCUUACGCUAAAAAAUACAAAUAAAAAUAUAAAAAUACGUUGUUCAAGAUUGAACUGGCCACAGAGUAAGUAAGGUGUGUCCACAUGUCCUGACGCAUUUCUCUGUCUAGUCAUUGUACAUCUGGUCUUGUGUCAUUCCCAGCUUAAAUAACCUUUGAGAAAAUGAUGUGAUUUGUCAUGUUUGUGUCCAAAGGUUUUCCAUAAAACAAUCGAUAAUGUGUUAUAUUAUGCAACCAUAGUCUUGUUCCUCUAUUGAAAAAUACAGUAUUUUUGAUGAAUCAUGAUGAAUCCAGGGAGGGUAUUUUAAAGUUUAAAACUGUCAUUUCAUUUUAACACACUCCCCCAGACAUGGAUUUCGCCAGUUUCAUUCUGUGUAGCCAACGUUAAGAUACAAAGUUGGAAUAUUAUGGGCAAAGGUGAGGGCUUAAGUGAUAUAUCUGCUCCAAAUGCAUCAGAACAAAUUUACUAAGUAAUUUAGUUGUUGUGUUGAAUAUCAGCAGUGCUAUCCAAUAUCUUCUCUAUUAACAGUAGAGAAGCUUUUUGACAUUUUGGAUGAAAUUACAUUAUUACAUAUCACAUAUCACAAAGACAACUGUGAAAGACCCUCUUGCUGUAUUAAAAUUCUUUAUAGUUGCAAAAUGUGUUUAAAUGUGAAAUAGGCAAAUUUGCACUACUUCUGUAUCUUGUCAUGUUACUAUAACAAUCCUUGGAUUCAUGAAUGAGCUAUAACUGUCAGUAGUAUAAUAAAUGUUAUUGACUGAUAUGUACUAGUGAAUGGCACGUGCAUAAAACCGUAUCUGUGGAGAACUUGAAGAAGGUGACACUCUUACUACAGAGAAAGGAAGUGAUUCCAUGCAAAGUACUGGAAGGUACACUAGGCACUAUAUUGAUAAGCCACUGCAUAGUGUCACUUAGUCUUACGCAAAAAGACAAAAACCAUGAACAUAUUUUGCCUUUAAAAUGUCAAUAAUUUGAGCAUGUGGAUUCUGAAUAAAUGUAUAUGUAGCAAAUAUCUUGACAAUAUAUAUAUAUUUUCACUAUAGUCCCAUCAGGGUAGACUGCAGCCUACUGAACUGUCAUAAUAUAACUCUGUGCAAGCUACUUACUUCUCCCUCUUACUAUGUCAGAGCAUACUUUCCUUAUUGAGUUAGCACACACAGCAGGAAGUGCCAUCAUGCUGACUGGCUUAAAUAAGCUCUCACAAAAAUGUUAUGUCUAACAUUGUUGUUUACGUUUGGCUUUCAGUAUAUUGCAAGCAAGGUACAAACCAAAUAUCUUUUUGCCAUUAGUUUGUUUAUUCUUGAUGUAAUAACACUGUCUACAUUUUGAAUCCACUGGAUAUAAAACUUUCAUGUUUACAAAGCACAACUUAAAGUAUAUAUUUAAGUAUAUGAAAUAUAUGAAGAAUGAAAGGACGAAACCAGCCAGAGCAGUAGUAUUGCUCCCUACUGAGCAAUAUUGCUUCUCCCUCCGUCUUCAUUUUUGUCGGGAUUACGUAAAUCCUUAACACACCAGUAGUUCAAAUCCCUUUUUAAAAAAACACCGUGCUUAGUGUAUUUUAGGGCCUAAUCAACAUGUACUGAAACAUACAGAAAAAAAUGUGCAUACUCUAUCAGGGCUUUUAGGUGGCGAUACCCAGCUAAAUCAGUGCUGGUUUUGAGUGCCAUUAUCUUCCCCACAGACUAGUAAUCUAUUUGUGCCUCUGCUGACAAUGCCAGCACGUAAUUGGCUAUGGCGUCAGCCAGGGUGGAUGUCAACCAGCUGGAUAUUGCCCACCUCGUCAUGCAAUAGGUAGACCUCUGGUCUGAAUAAGCAGCACCACUGGUGGACAGCUGAGUUUUGGAUGAGAUGUGUGAUAGUUUGAGCCUCUCUUGGAUGACAGUGCACUAAAGGGAUGGGCCUAAUUUAUAACUGAGCAUUCAGAAUUAUGGAAGAUCAGUUAAUUCCAGCUGCACUCCAACCUUGCUGGCUUCCAUAGCACUCUGUAGGCCUACCUUGCGACUGCUGCCAGUGGACUUUUAGAUUUGAUUCCCAGCGUCCAUGGCUAAGCCUCAGCCGCAGGCUGGAGACCACCUGUCCUCCCCAGAUGGAGGAUGGGGGUGGGUGGUGGUGGGGGCCCUGUUUAUGGCCUCAGCUCUGGUGUUCGGCCUGCUCAGGAGUCUGGGGGUCUUCUUUGUGGAGUUUGUGCAGUACUUUGAUAAGAGUGCACAGGCCGUGUCCUGGAUAACCUCAAUCGCGGUGGCCAUACAGCAACUAAUGAGUCCAGUGGGCACGGCGCUGUGUAAUGCUUAUGGGGCACGGCCAGUGGUGAUGACAGGCGGCUUUCUGUCUGGCUUGGGCCUCGUUCUGGCCUCUCAGGCCACCUCCCUCACACAUCUUUACCUCACAAUGGGCCUCAUCACAGGCUCGGGCUGGGCCUUGGUCUUUGCCCCUACUGUGGCCUCUGUGCUGCAGUACUUCACCCACCGCCGCUCCCUGGCCAUGGCCCUGGGCUUCACUGGGGUGGGCCUGUCCUCGUUUGCCUUCUCUCCCCUCUUCCAGCUCCUGGUGAAGCUGUACGCCUGGAGGGGGGCGCUGCUCAUCCUGGGGGGCCUCAGCUUCAACAUGAUGGUCUGUGGGGCCCUCAUCCGGCCUCUGCCUGCCCCGAAAGCCUUGGAGCAGAUAGGAAUUGACAAAGAAAAGAAGAAAGCCUCAUUUAGCUCCUUCUUCAAGCGAGCGUUCAUCUACCUCGAGCUCCCACUGAUGGGCGAGCGGGCCUUCCUGACCUACGCCCUGGCCAUCACCCUUUUCAACUGCGGCUACUUCGUGCCUUACGUCCACCUGGUGGCCCACAGCCGGCACGUGGGCUUCUCCGAGUACCAGGCGGCCUUCAUCAUUUCGGCCACGGGCGUGACGGACCUGGUGGGGCGCGUGGUGUCGGGCUGGGUGUCGGACCUGGGCCGGCUGCGCCUGCUCCACGUGCUGUCCCUCUGGACCGGGCUGACGGGGCUGUUCAUGGUGCUGCUGCCCGUCGGCUCCGUCGAGGGCUCCUACGCGGGCCUGCUGGCGAUCAGCCUGGUGUACGGCUUCUGCUCCGGCGCCAUGUCGCCGCUGGUCUUCUCCGCCGUGCCCGAGAUCGUCGGCAUGCAGCGGAUGCUGGGCGCCCUGGGUCUGCUGCAGCUCAUCGAGAGCUUCGGGGGGCUGCUUGGAGCGCCGCUGUCCGGCUGGCUGAAGGAUCAAACAGGCAGCUACAUGGCCUCCUUCCUGGUGGCGGGCGGGUUCAUCAUGGCUGGGACCCUGGUGUUGGCAGCCUUGCCCAACUUCUGGUCCUGCAGUCCACCCCCAGCCCCAAUGAAACAGAGCCACAGCCAGGACAAAAGUCCUGAGUGUGGACUGCAGUACAAUGCCAUCCUCUCUCCAUCCCCGUCUGAGACACAACACAGAACAGGACUGACACCCCCCUCCCAGCGUAGUCUGCAAGACCUUCAGAACUGCCAGCCAGAUCCACAGCUCUCAUUGCUGACCACGCCCACAGCUGAUGAUGACACAGAUCACCCGAAGGUGCUGUGAAAAUAUCGAGAUGGUGAGGCAAGUGGCUGUAGUGGUGAGGUCAAGAGCCUAUUUCCCUUCUUAGAAACGAACGUGCAAAUAAAUGUCAAUGGCCGACAGCGAGCCGGCUACAGUACCAACAGCAGUCACCCGAAUAUCACAGAAUCGCUGUGGGGUGUAAAAAUGAACUGGGUGGUGUUUGGAGGUGUUACAUGUUUGAAAAUUGUGGUCCUGUUUUACAAAAUCACAGUUUUGAAACACAUUGCAGAGAGACCAGCGUUACAACUUUACAAAUAAUUGAGAAUGCAAGUAAAAGAUGAGAAUUUGAAAGCUCAAAGAUAUAAAGCGAGAUGAGGAAAACAGUUCGCUCUCACCACUGCAAUUCAGGAGCCCCCUCCAGUACCCCUUACCGAGAGAAGGCUUGUUUGUUUCCUGUACCCUGAUCUACAUUUGCUUUUAACUAGAAGGAAAGGACAAAUAUUGAUUGAAUCCUGAGGAAUAAUAAUGUAUAAUCAGUACCAUGAAUGGGAUGUUAUGAUAUAGCACAAGAUCAUUUCAUUGCAGCAAUGCAUAACUGUAGUGCACAAAGCUUGGAAGCACCAGUUCACAAUAGGUAACAGCCCCUUUCCUUCAUUGAUUUAUUUGCCCCGUAUCGGAAACCUAUCUACCAUGUCUCCUCAGGUUUGUAAACGCAAUGUCUUAAGGUAUGGUAUCACAUUAUUUGUUGCAUAAUAACAUUGCUGAAUUUUCAAGUAUUUGCUUAAGGACUACAAUAUAUGUCUUCUUUUUCACAAAUUGAAAUUUAUGGUAGAAAUUGCUUAUCAGCUCCUGAUAAGUGUCAGAUAUCAUAGGGGAAGUGUAAUUUAUGAUUUGUUUUAAUCAAUGGACCAAAAAAGGUACAUUACUCUUCUUUGGUUCAGUGUUGUUAUUAUACUUGAACAAAGUCACAUCCUUCUAAAUGAACAAAGUGCAUUCAGGGCUUGCAUGCCCAUGGCAACUUUGAUUGCAUCUUAUCUUAUCUCAUCAAAAUGUUAUUGCACUAAAUGUUAAGAUCAUUUAGCUCAAAUAUUGUAUAUUGAUACUGGAAGCAAUUUACCAAUAACAAAUGAAUAGCGGGAUGCAAAGCUGUCCAUAUCAGUUAUGGAAUUCUACAUCCGGUCAAGUUAUCAUUGCACAAUAAUCACACGUGGUUCGCAGUGAUGGCUGCUCAGGGGGAUGGUCUUACCUAAUACAGUGGACGAUGUAAAACAGAGGGUUUCUGUUGUCUCUGAACUGAGUGCCUUACUUUUCAAAUCACCAAAUUAUAUGCUACAUGUGGUUCCGCCAUGCCAAGAUAUAAAGUAGCUGAGAGCCUCAUCAAGUUAUUUUUAUAUUUUGUGCUUGUGUACAUUGAUGUAUUUUUUUGGUUUUUGGUGUGCCAAAAGUAUGUUCUACCUUGCCAGUUCUUCUCUAUUAGCUAAAUAUUAAAAGUAUUUGUACCAAAAA